AACACUACUGUGUUGGGCUUGUUUAUUUUUAUUUAUUUUCUUGAAUGAAAAUUAAAUUAAAAAAUAUACUUAUAUAUUGUUUUAUUAAAGAAAAUAUAUUCAAAUAUAUUACGACUCCAAUGCAACAUUUAUAAAAAAGAAUAUAAUUCUGUUACCCGUGUUACAUUCGAAGAGGAACAUGAAUUUUUCUUCUGUUUGCAGAACUUGUCUUAGUAAAUCUUCUUUGAAUUCAAUAUUUGUGAAUAGCAGCGACCACGCACGGUAUUCUCUAUCGAUUUACAUCUCAACUGGUGUGAAGAUUGAAUUCAACGAUGGGUUACCGCAGAACAUGUGUACGGAAUGUAUAAACUUUCUUAACUCGUAUUUGAAAUUUCGAAAGAAAUGCAAAGAGGCCGAAAUUGUAUUAUUAAAAUUGAAACUAGAGUUGGACAAUGCACAUAACGGAGUUGCACUCCAUCACACAACGGAAUCUAGCAUCGUUACAAAUAAUGACGAUGAAACGGUAGCAACGGAAACGGAGAGAAUUGAUAGAAACAGCGAAUUGAAAAAUGAUGAAAUUACAAAUGUACUAGAAGACGAAGACGAUAAACCUUUGAAAUACUUAAUUGAGAACAUAUUGUGCGACACUAUAGACGCAGAACAUGUUGAUAGCAAGGAAAUAUAUUUAGAAAUAACGGAAACGGACAACGAAAUGAAAGAAUUAACAGAAACAACGGAAAUAGAUGUGAACGAAGUUAAACAAGCGGAAAUAAUAGAUCAACCUUACGAUGUUAUAUUUAGUGCGGGUAAAAAGAAACGUGUGAUAUGUAAACUGUGUCAGAAGGAUCUGUCGGUGAGGAGUAUUGACACGCAUAUGGCGCGGAGUCACCCCGGCGCUGACAAGAGGAAGGUCAAGUGUGAUCUGUGCGACAGUUAUGUACUGAAGGAGAAAAUGAACAGACAUAGAGUACUAAUGCACGGCUCUGCGUGCUCACGAUGUGGAUACUGCAAAUCCGAAUUCGAAAAUCGGGAACUGCUCGUAGAACACGUGGCGACGUGUACGGCCAAGAAGAGGAAACGGAAAGCCAACGACUCGGGUCGAGAGCUGACAGAGUGUGAUGUCUGUCACAAAACGAUGCAGAGGGCCAGCCUGAGGAUGCACAAGGCCGUCAAACAUGCCGGCCUGGGGCCCGUCUGUGAGCACUGCGGUAAAAAGUUCGGGAACAAGUUCCGUCUCAACGAGCACUACCGCGCCAAGCACGGCUACGAGAAAUUCAAGUGUUCCUACUGCGACUUCCAGAGCGCCGCCAUCAUGGGCAUGCGGAACCACGAGCGGCGCCACCGCGGCGAGAAGCCGUUCGUUUGCGAGUCGUGCGGCGCCGGCUUCCACGCCGCGCGGCUGCUGGCCCAGCACCAGCACUCGCACCGCACGCAUCGCUCGCUCACGUGCCCGCAGUGCCCGGCGACGUUCAAGGCGGCGAGCGGGCUGCAGGCGCACCGGCGCGCGUGCCACGGCGGCCGCGCCGCGCGCUGCGGGCUGUGCGGCCGCGUGUACCGCUGCCGACACUACGCCGCGCGGCAUCUGCGGCGCGUGCACGGGACAAAAGCAUAGCAGACGAUAGAACAUGGCGUCCUGUGUUCCGUUUAAAUGAACGAGAAGCUUUAAUUGUUUUAUGUUGUAAAUUAAAAUGUAUGGCGUUAGAAAUACCAAUGGACAUUGUGGAAAUAAAAACUAAU